ACGAUCCUGGUAAAACACUCGAAUCACUAUGAAUCCAUGAUAUCAGUUUGUAGUCAUCCGGCCAUCAUGCUGGCAAGGACAUCUUGUAUUUUCAAAAAUUGUUCUUGAUUUCCCUUGGGCAACUUAUAUCAUGGAUGAAGUAUCCAGAUUCGUCACCAAGUAGCAUAAUUGUUGCUUUGUUUGGGGGGAGCAUGGCGAUCGUACGUAGUAUACUAGAAUGUCCUGUCAAAGGUAUCAACGCCUUAGUCCAGCGUCAGCGUAGAAAGAGUAAUUUCAUAGAAAGAGCGUGUAGGUAAACACCUCAAUUCUUGCCACGAACCAA